AUGCUAGAGAAAACUGCAGCUUCCAAUAACUUGCCUUGGCUAGUAAUUGGGGACUUCAAUUUUAUUCUCCAUGAUACUAAAAAAUUUAGCACACGUCCUAUAGAUGCUAAUGAAGCUUCCAUUUUUAAUGAAAAUAUCCUUAAUCUAGAUCGCAUUGAUCUUGGCUUUACCGGCUGCCCUUUUACUUGGUCAAACAAAGGAAAAGGCCAUGCUCUUACUGAACAAAGAUUGGAUAGAGGUCUAGCCAAUGAUGAUUGGCUUUCCAUCUAUCCAAACACCACUAUCACUAAUAUGCUAGCCAUUGGGUCUGAUCAUCAACCCAUCUUACUAAACUCAAACCCUCACUGGAAGAAUGGUAAGAUUCCAUUCAAAUUUUUUGGUCCCUGGUUAGAUCAUGAUGAUUGCAGGAAAAUUAUUCCUGAUUGUUGGAAAAAGAUUACUCCUGGUUCAAGUGCCUUCUCUAUUGCUAGAAAACUUAAAGACAUAAAGCUACAAAUCAGAGUCUGGAACAAGGAAGUUUAUGGCAACAUCAAAACCAAUAUCGAUGAAUGCAAGCAAUACUUAAAUUGGAUACAUAUUCACUACUUCAGAGAAGACAUAGGACAGGCCCUAGCUGAUGCAAGAAAACAGCUCAAAAAUUGGCAAGACAUAGAAGAAAAAUUCUGGAAAACUAAGAGAUCAACUUAUCAAGUUGGGAGAUCAGAACACAAGUUACUUUCCCAGAGCCACUAA